AGCUCAGGUGUCCGUCACAGAAUCCUAUCAUUUGUCGCUUCUCAUACUGCCUGCUCCUAUCGCCGAAGCAGGGGUAAGAAUGGACAACGCGACGCUUCACUGGCAGCUCGGCGCGCUUUUCCUGCUCACGUGCUUGGUUGCUUCUCCUGUUGGCUGUGCGCCGUUCGUCGACUCCCAAGCGAAAGCUCUCCUAGACUGCGAGGUAGCGUGGAAUCGGACGUUCGUCGGUUGGGACGUGGGCGGGGAAUGCAGCACAGCAGAAUGUGUCAGAUGCAAUGACCAAGGCAUGGUAACCAGCUUGAAUCUAUACAGGAAGGGCUUGACUGGAUCCCUUCCUUCCACCAUUGGCAACAUGAGCAGCCUGAAAAAAAUAGAGCUUGGAAGAAACGAUUUAAGUGGUUACAUACCUCCGGAGAUCAGCAAACUUUUGAGUCUGAGCCGCGUGGACUUAAGUGAGAAUGCUUUCAUUGGAUCCAUCCCAUCUGCUAUUGGCGGCCUCACUAACUUGACCAUCCUGAAUCUCAACUUCAACUUCCUGUCUGGGUGCAUCCCAGAAUCAGUUGGAAAUCUUACCCACUUGACAGUAUUAAGUUUGAGCUCGAACAGUUUAAGUGGCGCUGUUCCAGCAGAGAUCGGGAAACUCGAAAAUCUUAGCUUUUUGGAUUUAAGUCAUAAUGCCUUAACCGAUUCAAUUCCGUCUACUAUUGGCAGCCUCAGCGUCCUCGAGAAGCUAAGUCUCAACUUCAACUUCCUGUCAGGGUCCAUCCCAGAAUCCGUUGGGAACAUGACCAAGUUGACAGAGUUGUACGUAGUAUGAUUUUUGUUAUGUGUGUUGAGAGUGCUAAAGAAAGGGGUCUCCUUAGG